AUGUCGGAAAUAUCUCCCCUGCACUCAGUGUCUCCAGAUUUUUGUGUAACUCCGGGCGCCCGUUCAUGCCAGCUUCAACUCGCUGAAGAGUUCGAAGACGCACAAAUUUGGAGAGAAACAACCUGGCUUAGAAAGGCAGGCAGUAAACGAAAACAUGGCUCGAGUGGCAGUUCGUCAUACACGGUAAAUGCGCGUGAGCGUGCACUCGAUACUUACACAAGUAGCCAAAUCGGCACAGACAUCGACCAAACGUUGAAAUACACCGAACAAUUUGGCCUGGAGUUAUGCUCUAAAGCUUCCUUGAAGGAAGAUCAUGCCAACCGACCACUGUGGAUCUGCUCCGACGGCCGAAUUUUUCUUGAAUCAUUUUCUGGAGUGUAUAAACCAGCCUACGACUUUCUGAUUUCGGUCGCUGAACCUGUGUGCCGCCCUGCAAACGUGCACGAGUAUGUCUUAACGCCGCAAUCCUUAUACGCCGCAGUUUCCAUUGGAUUAGAAACAGCUACCAUCAUUUCAGUUCUGAAUAGGUUGUCCAAGACUCGGCUUCCUGCAGAUAUUUAUUGCUUCAUCAAAGCAUGCACGACCAACUAUGGCAAAGUCAAGCUUGUGCUCCAGCACAAUCGCUUCUUUCUCGAAUCUGAUGAGCCGCGCAUCCUUCGUGAACUAUUGUCUGACGAUAUUGUGCGCCAAUCCAGAGUGAUGCCGCCGAAAAACAAAACCAUGAACAUGGAAAUUGAAGAGUUUUCUGUGACGCAUGCUUUGAAAGACAAGGCCGCUUCCGCUAAUACUUUAAUGUUUGAUGCAACGCAGGUGCCCGAUUUCGGGUCAUGCCGACACACCUCAUCUUUUGAAAUUAUUGCGGAACGUGUAGAACACGUAAAGCAGCGUUGUUUACCUGGAAAUCUUGGGUAUCCGACUCUGGAAGAGUAUGACUUCCGAAACGACACUCAUAACCCUGAUCUUGACAUUGCCUUGAAACCAAUGACCCACAUACGAUCAUACCAGGAGAAAUCUCUCAGUACGAUGUUCGGUAAUGGGCGUGCUCGAUCUGGGAUCAUCGUCUUGCCCUGUGGAGCUGGAAAGUCUCUGACUGGUAUCGCGGCUGCCUCCCGCAUUCGUAAGUCGUGCAUUUGCCUGUGUACAUCAUCAGUUUCCGUGGAUCAGUGGGCAGCACAGUUCAAGCUAUGGACCAAUUUGAGUGAACUCGAAAUAGUCCGAUUCACAUCACAAGUGAAGGAGAGCUUCCCUCCUCAAAAUCAAGCUUGUGUUUGUAUCACGACGUAUAACAUGGUCAGUGUAGGGGGUAAACGGAGCGAGGACAGUCAGCGGGCGUUGGCAGAGUUGCGUGGCCGUGAAUGGGGCCUCAUGCUGCUCGACGAAGUUCAUGUUGUUCCAGCAGCAAUGUUCCGCAAAGUUAUAGGUAUCACAAAAGCGCACUGCAAGUUGGGUCUUACUGCAACUUUGGUGCGUGAGGAUGAAAAAGUGGAGCAUCUCAAUUUCCUCAUCGGACCAAAGUUGUACGAGGCAAACUGGCUGGAUCUGCAGCGUGACGGGCAUAUCGCGAAUGUUCAAUGUGUAGAGGUAUGGUGUCCGAUGACUGCAGAGUUUUAUAAAAAGUAUUUGUCAAACGAUCUAGCCGCAAAACGUCAGAUUCUAUACUGCAUGAAUCCAAAUAAGUUCAUGACAUGUCAAUACCUCAUGCAGUUCCAUGAAAAGCAACGGAAGGACAAGAUCAUCAUCUUUAGCGACAACAUUUUUGCAUUGCGAGAGUACGCAACUGUAUUGCGGCGACCACUUAUUUACGGGGAAACUUCGCAUGCUGAACGCACGCGUGUUCUUCACGCUUUCAAAUUUUCCGAUGAAGUAAACACAAUAUUCCUUUCGAAGGUUGGGGACAAUUCAAUUGACAUCCCUGAAGCAAACGUUAUCAUACAAAUAUCUUCGCAUGGAGGCUCGCGUAGACAGGAGGCACAGCGACUAGGCAGAAUCCUUCGCCCCAAGCGUAUCGCAGCGCAGGCAAGUAUAUUGGAAGGCGCGGCUGGCGUCGGAGAACACAACGCAUUUUUUUACUCCCUCGUCUCCACUGACACCGAAGAGAUGUACUUUUCUACGAAGCGGCAACAGUUCCUAGUCCAGCAAGGUUACGCAUUUAAGGUGGUCGCGAACAUUUUUGAUGAGAGUGUUGAGCAUCAGCUAUUAUUUCACACGCGCGAGGAUCAGAUGGCUCUGCUCGAGAGGGUGUUACGGCUUGACGAAGUGGCUGCUGUGGAUGAGGCUCUCGUCGAAGAUGAUGACGACAUCACACGUAUUGACAUCGUUUCGGAUACUGUGAAGCGAAGGGAAGAGUCGAUUCUUGCUCUCUCUGGAGCUCAGGGAACGUAUUUGGAAUACCGCACGAGGGACGAUGGAAGGGAUCGUCGACUCACGUAA